CCUUUGUACCUGCAGAGGUGAUUAACAGAGUAAAAGGGAAAGCAUCAUAAAUAGUCUGUUAAAAAAAACAACAACACAAUGUGCCUUGUUCUACUAUGUCUCCAUAGCCUUAGCACUGAAGAAUGUUAAGAAGUAUGUCCAGAAUCAUGAAUAAAGUAACAUGAAUUUCCCAGAAAAAGCAGUGAAGUAUGAACUGAAAAGCUGCAGAGUAGCUAAUUACUCUUUUAUAGUCCCAGAGCAUGUAUGAAGUCUAACUUCAUUCUGGGAGCUUCCUUUCCUAGUGGAAAGGAAGCCAUAGUGGAAAUCCAACUAUGAAAGCAAAGCUAGGAUUGCAACUCACACACACCUAUUUUGGGAAAAUCCCAUAGAACAAGGUGGACUAUCCUUGUGUCAUCUUCUUUCCCUCUUCCCUGUACCCCCGCAUUCCGCAUUCUGCCCUGGAGGGUCCUAAGGGAAAGGGAAUCUGCUCUGCUGGGAAAUGAACAUGACUGGGUAAAGCCCUGUGUAACCUUUGCAUGAAAAUACACACAGGACAGCUCCCUAAGAAUUACAGGCCAGGCAAAUACCUGUAGACAUCCAAAGGCACUCUGUUGGCAGGCACAUGUUUAGUGCAUUGACCUCUUUGGGGCUACGAUCUCAGAAAGAAAAGAUAGCAGCACCAAGAUAAAUGAAAGUGCAAAACUCCGCCAUUGAUCUGAUUGAUGGCUCUUGCAGCAUGAUUGUAACAGCUUCUUUGGAGACUUUUACAAUCUUUAUGAACGAGCAAGAGCCUCUGCCAAUAUCUGCAGAUCAUUGUCAUGAUAGAGCAUAACGGCUUCUUCAGAGCCGUUACGGUCUAUCGUGUCAAUGCGUACUUAGGGAGUCCUCAAUGCAUGGAUCAUUGACACGGUACUACAUAACGGCUCCUUAGAAGCCAUUACCGGGUAUCAAGUCAAUGCAUACUUAGGGAGUCUUUAAUGCACAGGCCUACAUAAGUUGACUCACUCUGAAUUCUAACAAUCCUUACCAAAAAAUAAUUAACUGCAGAACUCGUUCAGAGAGUAUACCAAUACCCAACUGCAAGGAUGUAUCCUAAGUACUAAAUAUAGUGGGGUGGGGGUGGUUGUACUUAAUGAUGCAACCUGUUGUUAAAUACACAUAGAAUGACAGCACUUGGAAACAAAACUCCACUCUUCUCCACGAGACAACCUCAUUUUAUUUUAUAAAACCUAUUGCAAUUUUAAAUUUCCUGUCCAAAGCCAAGUUUCAUCCCACUAGAAACAUCCAUUACUAGUUAGUAUAUAGAGCUCUGAGAAGGCACACCACCAGUAGUUCACCCUUGUAGAGCAGUGGCAUUGUUCCAACAUAUAGCUAGACAUUAUGUAUGUAUUCAUUUUAUCAUAUAGCAGACGUUUUUAUGAUGAGGAUGAUCACUGAAAAAUACUUGUUUGCAACCCUAAAAACCAGUGCGAUGCAGAUGAUACAGCACUUUCAAAGCCAGUGUCAUUCUUUCGACCUGGCUAUCAGGCGAAUGAGACUUUCGAACAUUGCUCGCUUCCUUUGCAAACUCAUGCCCAGCCGUUUAUAUUCCUGUUGGAGAGAUUUCACUGCGCUGGGUUGGGAACGGUUCGAGUUUGCUGCUGUUGAUAUUUUUCUUUUGUGUUCCUCUUGCUGACUGACAUCUGCUAUCACGCUAAGCAGGUGUUCCUGUGUAAACGAACGUGCCAUGUUUGUGUUUCGCCAUCCUCGCUAUUGCGCACCCAAAUGAGCAGCAUGAUUAAGAAUCCUGUAAAUUUUUGAAAGGAAACGGAUGGCUGCCCUACUAGAACAUAAUUACACCGUUCCAACAUCCACAGCUCACUGCUGCAGUCGAAUUGGAGAACAGCAGAAAUUAAUAAUAUAUAAUACCGUCGUUCUUGUAAUUUAUAAAUGAAAUAAAGUUGAGUUGGAGCUUCUGCUGAUACAUUUUUUUUCUUUUAUCCUAAAAAGACCAUGGAUAGAUUAGAAGUUUCCUGGAGUGAAACCUGGCCGGCAAUAUCACACCAGUUGCUACUAUGGGACCUAAAUCAAGUAUUGAACUAUGAGAAUGUAGUGGAAACAGGUUCGGAAACAGAUGAGGAAGACAAGCUCCACAUUGCUGAAGACGAGGGGAUCAUUAACACCCUGGACCAGGAACCUAGCCCUGCAAGCAUGCCCAACCAUGAGUCUUCCCCACAUGUGAGCCAAGCACUGAUGCCCAGAGAAGAGGAAGAGGAUGAGAUGAGGGAAAGUGGAGUAGAUCACACCUGGCACAACAAUGAGAUCUUGCAAGCCUCUGUGGAUGGUUCUGAAGAAAUGAAGGAAGAGUAUGACACCAUGGGGCCUGAAGCUUCAAUUCAGACCACUGGAAACAACGGAACAGUUAAGAAUGCAAAUUGCACGUCGGAAUUUGAAGAAUAUUUUGCUAAGAGGAAACUGGAGGAAGGAGAUGGACACUCAGACAGUAUAGCAGAGUACCUACAGCGCAGUGACACCGCCAUUAUUUACCCAGAAGCCCCAGAGGAAUUGUCUCGUCUUGGCACUCCAGAAGCCAAUGGGCAAGAAGAAAAUGACCUGCCACCUGGAACUCCAGAUGCUUUUGCCCAACUGCUGACCUGCCCCUACUGCGACCGGGGCUACAAGCGUUUGACAUCACUGAAGGAGCACAUCAAGUAUCGCCACGAGAAGAACGAGGAAAACUUUCCUUGCCCUCUCUGUAACUACACAUUUGCCUACCGCACCCAGCUCGAGCGGCAUAUGGUGACGCACAAGCCAGGGACAGAUCAGCACCAAAUGCUGACCCAAGGAGCAGGCAAUCGUAAGUUCAAGUGUACAGAGUGUGGCAAGGCCUUCAAAUAUAAACACCAUCUGAAGGAACACCUGCGAAUCCACAGUGGUGAAAAACCGUACGAGUGUCCAAAUUGCAAGAAGCGCUUCUCCCAUUCUGGCUCAUACAGUUCACACAUCAGCAGCAAAAAAUGUAUUGGCUUAAUCUCUGUAAAUGGUCGACUGAGAAACAAUAUCAAGACGGGUUCUUCUCCUAAUUCUGUAUCUUCCUCACCCACUAAUUCAACCAUUACACAACUGAGAAACAAGCUGGACAAUGGAAAACCACUUAGUAUGUCUGAGCAAUCAGGCUUACUGAAAAUCAAAACAGAACCACUAGAUUUCAAUGAAUAUAAAGUUCUGAUGGCAACCCAUGGGUUCACUGGUGCUAAUCCUUUCAUGAAUGGCAGACUUGGUGCAACCAGCCCAAUAGGAGUCCAUCCUUCUACGCAAAGUUCAAUGCAGCACUUAGGGGUAGGAAUGGAAGCACCUUUACUUGGAUUCCCAGCAAUGGGGAGCAACUUAAGUGAGGUGCAGAAAGUCCUACAGAUUGUGGACAACACCGUUUCUCGGCAGAAAAUGGACUGCAGCAGUGAAGAGAUCUCAAAACUGAAGGGUUAUCACAUGAAAGACCCAUGUUCUCAGCCAGAGGAACAGAGUGUUACUUCUCCUGGUAUUCCACCUGGGGGUCUUCCAGUAGUCAGUCAUAAUGGUGCCACUAAAAGUAUUAUUGACUACACAUUAGAAAAGGUCAAUGAAGCCAAAGCUUGUCUCCAGAGUUUAACUACAGACUCAAGGAGGCAGCUCAACAAUAUUAAAAAGGAAAAGCUACGCACUCUAAUAGAUCUGGUAACUGAAGAUAAAAUGAUAGAAAACCAUAAUAUGCCUACUCCAUUUUCAUGCCAGUUCUGUAAGGAAAGCUUUCCUGGCCCCAUUCCCCUGCAUCAGCAUGAACGUUACCUGUGUAAGAUGAAUGAAGAAAUCAAGGCAGUCCUCCAACCUCAUGAAAACAUGGCACCUAGCAAACCAGGAGUAUUUGUGGAUGAGCAAGCUCUCCUCCUGUCAACAGUACUGUCUGAGAAACGAAUGACUAGCCCCAUCAAUCCAUACAAGGACCAUAUGUCUGUACUUAAAGCAUACUUUGCUAUGAAUAUGGAACCCACCUCUGAUGAACUACUGAAAAUUUCCAUUGCCGUUGGCCUUCCUCAGGAAUUUGUGAAGGAAUGGUUCGAACAAAGAAAAGUCUACCAGUACGCAACGCCCAGGUCACCAUCGCUGGAAAGGAGCAAUGCCAAGGUGGUGCUGGCUGCCACCAACAACACUCCUGCUAAAGACUCUUUGUCAGCCAGGUCUCCCAUAAAGCCUGUGGACUCUAUAACAUCGCCAUCUAUAGCUGAACUUCAUAACAGUGUUUCUAACUGUGAUACUCCUCUCAGGCUAACAAAACCUACUCACUUUACUAGUAUUAAAACAGUUGAUAAAUUGGACCACUCUAGGAGCAAUACUCCUUCUCCUUUAAAUCUUUCUUCCACAUCUUCUAAAAACUCCCAUAGUAGUUCUUACACUCCAAACAGUUUCUCCUCUGAGGAGCUUCAGGCUGAGCCUUUGGACUUGUCUUUACCAAAACAAAUGAAGGAACCCAAAAGUAUUAUAGCCACAAAGAACAAAACAAAAUCCAAUAGUGUAAAUGUAGACCACAACAGUGUUUCUUCAUCAUCUGAAAACUCAGAUGAGCCACUGAACUUGACUUUUAUCAAGAAAGAAUUUUCUAAUUCAAAUAGUUUGGAUAAAAGCACUAAUCCUGUAUUUGGUAUGAACCCUUUUAGUGCCAAACCUUUAUAUACCCCACUUCCACCACAGAGCGCAUUUCCCCCAGCCACUUUUAUGCCACCAGUUCAGACCAGUAUCCCUGGGCUACGACCAUACCCAGGAAUAGAUCAAAUGAGCUUCCUACCACAUAUGGCCUAUACUUACCCAACUGGAGCAGCUACAUUUGCUGAAAUGCAGCAAAGGCGAAAGUACCAGCGGAAGCAAGGUUUUCAGGGAGAAUUGCUUGAUGGAACACCGGAUUACAUGUCAGGUCUUGAUGACAUGACAGAUUCCGACUCCUGCCUGUCCCGAAAGAAGAUCAAGAAGACAGAAAGUGGCAUGUACGCAUGUGACUUAUGUGACAAGAC